AUGAACUUCGUCGGUGAGCGUUUGUCGAUCUGCCGGGUGAAUGGCGAUAUACGGUCCCUGCGCGGCGCCCAACAUCCACCCAUCCACACCGUGCGAUACAAAAAGUCAAGAUGUUUCUACGACACUCGGAAAUCGACCGAAGCCCUAGAGGAAAGCUUAACCCGAGGUCGGUCCGACUUGUUCUUUUGGGAAUGCAGCUGUGCCGAUCAGGACCAGCUGAGUGGCCACUCUGGGUCUCAUGGGGCCACUUGGGGCCACCUGGGGAGUUGCUGGUGGAGCCUUCCUUCCUUCGUCACAACUCUAACGACGCCGCGUCUCCCCAAACCCCCAGGCACCAUCGAAUGUCGAUAA